AUGGCACGUCAGCAGCAAGAUGUCGACGAGCUUUUCGACGUGAGAAAUCAUUUUUACAUCGGCAAUUAUCAGCAAUGUAUCAACGAAGCGCAAAAAAUCAAGCCAUCCUCUCCAGAAGUGGCAAUGGAGCGGGAUGUGCUUCUUUAUCGCGCAUAUAUAGCGCAGAGGAAAUUCCGUAUAGUGUUAGAUGAGAUUAACAACUCAUCUCCACUGGAGUUGCAACCACUAAAGACGUUAGCAGACUAUUUCGCCAAUCCGCAUCGCCGGGAGGCCAUAGUGACUGAGCUUGAUAAGGAAGCUAGUCAUCCAAAUCUCUAUAAUCAUAAUUUCCUGAUUGUCGCCGCAACUAUUUACUAUCAUGAAAAAAAUCUGGAAGCUGCUCUCCGAAUAUUACAUGAUGUGGACCAUCUGGAAUGCAUGGCACUAACGUUACAAAUAUAUCUCAAGAUGGAUCGUUUGGAUCUGGCUCGUAAGGAAUUGAAGGCGAUGCAGGAGAAGGACGACGAUGCUACCUUGACUCAACUCGCUCAAGCAUGGGUGAACAUUACCAGUGGUGGCGAGAAACUGCAAGAUGCUUACUACAUUUUUCAGGAAAUGAUUGAUAAACACUCUAGCACAUGUAUGCUAUUGAAUGGCCAAGCUACUUGCUUUAUUGGACAAGCAAAAUAUGAGGAGGCGGAAACAGCCUUGCAAGAAGCUCUCGAUAAAGACAGUAAUAAUCCAGAUACAUUGAUUAAUAUGGUCGUUCUCUCGCAGCAUAUGGGCAAACCGCCGGAAGUGGCUAACCGUUACCUAAGCCAGUUGAAGGAUUCUCACUUAGAACAUCCUUUCGUCAAGGAAUACUUGCAAAAGGAGAUUGAAUUCCGUAGGCUUAAAGAGCAAUAUAUAUCUUCCGCCUGAGUAUCACUCAGCAGAUUGUGGCAUUCCGUGGGAUAGGAUCGAUCGAGCAUUGAUUACGAAUGGAUCUAAGCAUGGACUUAAGCGGGCUUGACUCCAACGAAGAUUUCCAAAGAGUAAAAUUUGUCCUGUUUAGUUGGGAAACUUUUCUUCUACAACUGAAAUAGAUCCCAAGUAGAUCCGAUAUAACUAUGCAGUGCAUUUCAGACUUAGCGCAAAUCGAUUAUUGAAAAUAAAAUUUUUAUUACGCUGUCUCGUUUUUGUUGCGAGAUGCGAGGCGUAUACGAUACCUAUGCGAUAUUAAUUCGUAUAAACACUCAAGAGUUCACGAUACAGUUUUCAUGAUAAUGUUACCUAUAUAUUGAAAUUCCAAAUAUUCUAGCAAUUUUU